AUGGAUUUGGUUAUUGGCUUGAUUGCCGGUACUUUGGCAGCAAAUGCCCUGCCUUAUGUUGUUAACAGUAUUGGGAGAGUAGAUCGACCAAAACCAGUUAACAUAGAGGAAGCAUUACGUAUGGCGCAUGAGUGCCGUCCUGUUAUCCCGUACCGAGCCCCUAGACCUUAUGUCUAUGGUCGUGUGAAGGCUUUAUUUAUAGGCAUUAACUACACAGGAAUGUCAGGACAGCUUAGUGGGUGUGUAAAUGAUGUAAAACAAAUGCUGUCAACUUUACAACGUAUUCAGUUUCCUAUUUCAGAAUGUUGUAUUUUGGUGGAUAAUCCUCGUUUCCCUAAUUAUACAGAUAUGCCAACGCGAAAAAAUAUCAUUAAAUAUAUGGCAUGGUUAGUAUAUGAUGUACGCCCAGGGGAUGUUCUCUUCUUUCACUACUCUGGUCACGGCACACAGACAAAAGCGAAACGCGACUCACAAGAGAGGUACGAUCAAUGUCUUGUUCCACUGGAUUAUCAGAGAAAUGGUACCAUUGUGGAUGAUGAUUUGUUUGAAUUGUUGGUGAAACGACUUCCCGCCGGUGUUCGCAUGACAGCCGUCUUUGACUGUUGCCACUCUGCCUCUUUGUUAGAUCUCCCUUUUGUCUUUGUGGCUGGUAAUAAUAUGAUGGCGGGUAGACGCUAUGAGAUGCGAAUGGCCCGAUCCGACAACUUCUCGCAAGGAGAUGUGGUGAUGUUUAGUGGAUGUGCGGACUCCGGCACAAGUGCAGAUGUGGCGAAUACGUCUUCUUUUGGCACCGGCUCUGUUGCCGCUGGUGGGGCCGCCACGCAGGCGUUAACAUGGGCGUUAUUAAAUACAUCCGGACUGACGUAUGCGGAUAUUUUCAUUAAAACAAGAGAAAUGCUACGCCAGAAGCGAUACUCACAGGUACCACAGUUGUCCAGUUCAAAGCCGGUAGAUUUAUAUAAACCAUUCUCUCUGUUUGGUCCAAUUACAGUCAACUCGGCUCUUAUGCAUUACGUCCCACAGCAGUAUCAACAACCAUGGGUGGUUCCACAACAACCACAGCAGCCGUAUUAUCCUCCACAACCACAACAGGGAUAUUAUCCCCCACAACAACAACCCGCACAGGGGAUUCCUCUUAUGCCGGCAUCAGGAGUUCCACCCGCACAAUACCCACAGGCACUUCCCGCUAAUCAAGGUGGAGUUCCACCCGCACAGUAUCCAUCAACAAGCGGCUACUCGCCGUAUCCGGCGGCACUGUACACUCCACCCGGAGGAAAGCCAUUGUAG